AUAUUAUACACGUGAAGUUUUAUACACAAACACAAAAACACAAACAUCAAACUUUUUCCAGUCCCACCACACCGCUACAUUAUAGAAGAAAAUUUCAUCAAAAAUUAUAUUCACAGUCCCAUCUCCCACUACUUAAAGUUCCUCUUACCUUUUUAUCAAAAAAUCACACUUCAUUUUCUUACAACAAUGGCAGUAGCAACAGCAACAGCAACAUUAUCUUCAUCUUCUUCACUUCCCUUCCAUUCUCUUCAUCAACAGUUUCCUUCAAAAUACUUCACUGUUCGUCCCAUUACAGUCUCUUUAUCCGAAAAAAUACCAGCAGUAACACAGUCGUCUGAGUUCACAAAAUUACCGAUCCGUACAAUUCCUGGCGAUUAUGGUCUUCCUUUAAUUGGUCCAUGGAAAGAUAGACAAGAUUAUUUUUAUAAUCAAGGUAAAGAAGAAUUCUUCAGAUCAAGAAUUCAAAAAUACAAAUCUACUGUAUUUAAAACCAAUAUGCCACCUGGAAAUUUCAUUUCUUCCAAUCCAAACGUUGUCGUUUUGCUCGACGGCAAGAGUUUUCCCACCCUCUUCGACGUUUCUAAAGUCGAGAAAAAGGAUCUCUUCACCGGAACUUUCAUGCCGUCGACUGAACUCACCGGCGGUUACCGUGUUCUUUCUUAUCUUGAUCCUUCUGAACCUACCCAUGAAAAAUUAAAAAAGCUACUCUUUUUUCUUCUUUCUUCUCGUCGUGAUUAUAUAAUACCCCAGUUUCACGAAAGCUAUACGGAGCUGUUUAAAACCCUAGAAAAGGAAAUGGAGAAAAACGGUAAAGCUGAUUUAAACUCGGCUAAUGAUCAAGCUGCUUUUAAUUUCUUAGCUAGAUCAUUGUACGGAGCGAACCCAGUUGAGACUAAGCUCGGAACUGAUGGUCCCACAUUGAUCGGCAAAUGGGUGUUGUUUCAGCUUCAUCCUUUGCUCACUCUUGGUCUUCCGAAGGUUCUAGACGACUUUCUCCUCCAUAAUUUCCGGUUACCGCCAGCUCUGGUCAAGAAAGAUUACCAGAGACUCUACGAUUUCUUCUAUGAGAGUUCCACUGCUGUGCUAAACGAAGCUGGAAAUUUUGGUAUUUCGCGCGACGAAGCUUGUCAUAAUCUUCUCUUCGCUACGUGUUUCAAUUCCUUUGGCGGGAUGAAGAUUUUCUUUCCUAAUAUGCUGAAAUGGAUAGCUAGAGCAGGAGUAGAGCUCCAUAUCCGGUUAGCGAACGAGAUCCGAUCCGCCGUCAAAUCCGCCGGCGGGAAGAUCACGAUGUCGGCGAUGGAGAAAAUGCCUGUGAUGAAAUCGGUUGUAUACGAGGCUUUACGAAUUGAUCCACCAGUUGCUUCUCAAUACGGAAGAGCCAAACGUGACCUUAUGAUCGAAUCACACGAUGGCGUUUUUGAGGUGAAAAAAGGCGAAAUGUUAUUCGGGUACCAACCGUUUGCGACUAAGGAUCCGAAAAUAUUUGACCGACCCGAUGAGUUCGUACCCGAUCGGUUCGUAGGUGAAGAAGGGGAAAAGCUAUUGAAACAUGUAUUAUGGUCUAACGGGCCGGAAACGGAGAGUCCGACGGUGGAGAAUAAACAGUGUGCUGGAAAGGAUUUCGUGGUGCUGGUUUCGAGAUUGUUGGUAACGGAGUUUUUCCUCCGUUAUGACACGUUGGAUAUCGACGUCGGCACGUCGCCUUUAGGAGCUAAGAUUACUAUAACUUCUUUGAAGAGAGCUUAGUUUUUGAACGGCGUUGGAAUCGGAAUUUGGUCUUCACUAUCACCAUCGGAGUUUCUAUUGUUAUGUCAUGUAAUGUAAUAUAUUCUGUUCUUGGUUUUCCUACUUCCAUAACGGGAUGAAUUUUUGUUGUUUAGGUUGGUGUAAAUGUUUUUCCCUUCCAAAUUAGUACUUUAUCCAUC